GCAUCGUCAAGCUCCUUUCUCCACUUUAUUUAGCUCUUCUUGCGUGCAGUUCCCAAUCUUUGCAGUGCUUCAGUUAGUGGUGCAUUUAUUUUUGAAUCAGCUGCAUUUGUUAAGACUGUAACAACGAAAGGCAUUUCCUGAGAAGCUGCAAGGAUGAGCAGCAAGAAAGAACAACAGCUAAGGAAAUACAGGACCCUUGUAGUGCUUUUUGUCUUCCAAGUUCGGGUUUUUGGGUUUGAUGUUGACAAUCGACCUACAACAGAUGUCUGCUCGACACAUACAAUUUUACCUGGACCAAAAGGGGAUGAAGGUGAAAAAGGAGACAGAGGAGAAGUGGGCAAACAAGGGAAAGUUGGACCAAAAGGACCAAAAGGAUAUAAAGGACUUGUGGGGGAUGUUGGUGACCAGGGAAUGCUUGGGAAAAUUGGUCCAAUUGGUGGAAAGGGUGACAAAGGAGCCAAAGGCUUACCAGGAGUGUUUGGAAAAAAGGGGAAAGCAGGCACAGUCUGUGACUGUGGAAGAUACCGCAGAGUUGUUGGACAACUGAAUAUCAAUGUUGCUCGUCUUAACACAUCCAUCAAGUUUUUAAAGAAUGUUAUAGCAGGUAUCAGGGAGACAGAUGAGAAAUUCUAUUACAUUGUGAAAGAAGAGAAGAACUACAGAGAAGCCUUGAUCCACUGCAGGGACAGAGGAGGAACACUGGCCAUGCCUAAAGAUGAGGCAACCAACGCCCUCAUUGCUGACUACAUCUCCAACAGUGGCCUCUUCCGAGCCUUCAUUGGGCUGAAUGACAUGGAAAAAGAAGGACACUUUGUGUAUGCAGACAACAGCCCACUGCAGAACUACAGCCACUGGAAGGAAGGGGAGCCUCAUGACCCAGCUGGCCGUGAGGAUUGUGUGGAAAUGCUCAGCACUGGAGAGUGGAACGACUCUGAGUGCCAAGUCACCAUCUACUUUGUCUGUGAAUUCCUCAAGAAGAGGAAAUAAAAGUGCCCCAGAAUGUGCCUGGCACCUUCUGUGCAUACUAUAACCCCUCCUCAUCCACCCCCUGUAGGGAGAGCAGGCAGCCAGAGACAGGGCUCAAUCCAGCCUCUGCCUCACCUGGUUAAGCACAAUCAAUUAGUAUAAAGAUGGUAGUGACCAUAAAGUCAGCAUCCAGUCAGUUGUGACUUCUUAUUUUAUUUCUAUGUGUAAUUUAGGGUGGGGGUUUCUAUAUGCAAUUUAGGGGCAAAUUUUGAGCAUGCAAAGGUGAAUAUGAAUUCACUAAUGGCAGGAACAGUAAACGUGUCGGUGUGUUCAUUACUGAUGUGCUUUGCAAAGUCCACAGAUGGAAAGAAUGUGAUCUUCACUCACCUCUGACCUGCACAGAAAGUUCCAGUAAUUUCCUUAUUGACUUCAGAGCUAGGAGAACAGAUUUGCAGUUUCUUUUGAAAGAAAAAAAAAAAAAUCCUUCUUUUGCUAGAAUUGUAGAGUAAUUGACAUUGGAUGGGAUGUCUGGAGGUCAUCUGGUUGAAUCUUCCAUGUAAAGCAGGGCCAAUUUCAAACUUACAUUAGAAGUGUUUAUACUCUU